AUGCAAGCGAGGAGGCCUGCACAAUCCGACGUGGAGGUUCGUCUUGCUCGACCACACGACAAACAUGCGCAGUACGUGGACAGGAAUCGUCUGCUGGGCCAGACACCCAACGAUAGGAGUGGGCGGGCGGCACAAUCAGACGUGGUGCGGCUCAACGUGCUGGCCAACCACGGCGGCGUGUGGGCCGAUGCUACGGUGGCGUGCAUGCAGCCACUCGACCUGUGGUUGGACGCGGCGCUCAAGCCCACAGGCUUCUGGAUGUACCGGGGCGACUAUAUUGGAGGCAAGCGGUCCCCGUGCAGCUGGUUUAUGGCUGCCGAGCGCGGCUCAAGCAUCGCGUGCGGGUGGCGCAGCUUGGGACAGGACUACUGGGCGGCGAGGCCGUGUGGUCUACCGUCCGGGCACGCCGGCGGCCUGCGCGAUUACUUUUGGCUGGACGGCGCCGUCCUUGCCCUCGACUGCGCCCUCUGCAAGGCGCUCGUCCUAGGGGGUGGAGUGCCGCGGGUGGUCAAGCUUGCGGUGAAGUCGUACUGGUGCUAG